AAGAGUUCACACUCGGAACCAUUGACAGAAAGAUAUUGAUUCAAUCAUAGAGGAAUCUGAAAAACCAAGUUCAGAGCAAGGGCAGAGAAAGAAAGAAAGAAAGAAAGAAUCAAUAUCUUUCUUUCGAUUCUCGACGACCGGAGCGUCAGCCGCGUCAUGCGCGAAGCCAGCUUCUCCAGCCCCGCCGUGAAGGCCACAAUUGAGCAAUCGCUGAAUUCCCAACCGCAGAACAUAAACCCGGCCCCAGUUGGAUUAGGGUUCCGUCCCAAUCCGGUCCCCAUCCCCAGUCGGAAUCUCUAUUUGAAUCCCCGGUUGCAGCAAGGGAAUUCGGCUCAAUCAGGGCAGCAAAGAAACGAGGAGGUUAUCAAGAUUAGGGAUGUGUUGUUGAGGAGCAAGAAGAAGAACCCUAUUUUGGUUGGAGAGUCGGAGCCAGAGGCGGUGAUAAGGGAGCUUCUGAGGAGAAUUGAGAAAGGGGAAUUCGGGGAAGGACCGCUCAAGAGUGCCCAAGUGAUCCCAAUUGAGAAAGAGAUCACUCUUGAUAAAACUCAAAUUCCGACGAGGAUUAAGGAAUUGGGGGCCCUAAUCGAGACCAGAAUGGGGAAUUCCAGCGGUGGAGGCAUUAUUCUUGAUUUGGGUGAUCUGAAGUGGCUAGUGGAGCAGCAGCAGCCUGCCGGGUUGGGGGUUCCCUGCUCCGGCGCGGUGCACCAGCAGGUGGAGUAUGAGGCCGGGAGGGCGGCCGUGGCGGAGAUGGCCAAGCUGGUGGUCCGAUUUGGGGACAGUGGUAGGCUUUGGUUGAUUGGAACUGCUACCUGUGAGACGUAUUUGAGGUGUCAAGUGUAUCAUCCUACAAUGGAGAAUGACUGGGAUCUGCAGGCAGUUCCUAUUGCUUCGAGAUCGCCUCUUCCCGGAAUGUUUAGGAGGCCUGGGCCUCAUGGAAUUCUUAGCAGCUCGGUCGAGUCUCUAAGCCCAUUGAAGGGCUUCCCAAAUGUGACAGCUGCUUUGUCGAGGCGUGCAUCUGAAAACUCAGAUCCUGCUCGAAGAAUGAGCUGUUGCCCACAGUGCACCGACAGCUACGAGAAAGAGCUAGCAAAACUGGUUGCAAAUGUAUACGAGAAAUCCUCUUCUGAAGUCGGGUCAGAGGUAGUAGCUCAGUCAGCACUUCCACUGUGGUUGCAGAAUGCCAAAGCACUUAGCGGUGACACUAAAACAGUGGACCAGUCCCAGACCAAGGAUCAGGAAAUGGUGUUCAAGCAGAAAUCUCAAGAAUUACAGGAGAAAUGGGCUGAUACAUGCUUGCAACUUCACCCUAAUUUCCAUAACAAUCUUGGCUCUGAAAGAGUUGGUCCAGCCUCUGUGUCGAUGACAGGAUUGUACAAUCCGAAACUUCUUGUUCGCCAGCCUCUCCAGCAGAAGUUGCAACAAAUGAAGACUCUCGGGGAAGCCUUGCAAUUGAAUUCUAAUCCGGCGGCCAACCAACCUUCAGAGCGAGCAGGUAGCCCUCCCAGAAGUCCAGUGAGGACAGACCUUGUUCUUGGGCCUACAAAAGUAAGCGACAACACCGCAGAGAAACCCCAUAAAGAUGAUGUUACAGAUAAAAUCGAAACAAAAAUAGUGUCAAAAAUUUAAAUUAUGUCUUCAUUAAUAUUGACAAUAAAAUUGUACAAUUAAUCCAAAUCUCAAGACAAUAGACUUCAAGUUAUUAGACACGUUCGAAUAUCAAUUGUAAUUUCAAAAUUAUACAAAUGUUCAUAUGA